GAAUCUAAUGUUGAUUAUCCAUUUUAACAACUGAUCACCUAAUUAUAUUUUUUUUUUUCUGUGCGGAGUAUUCGCUUCACAUCAAGUUAAUAGGGUUUAAUGGAAAUUCUGACUAAUCUAAAUCAAAAGAGGAUGGAUAGAAAGUAAAAACUCCACCACUAAUGUUACAUUUUCAGGAUUCAAAUUCAAGACUCGUGCUUCUCGUUAAAAGUUUGGAUACAACUCCUUUGCUACACUGGUUGGACCAAGAGUUUUGUGAUUCUAACCUAAUUAUAUCAUUCAAUAUCUUUCAUUUUUUGAACCCAAGAAAAUUCAGAUCAUUCUUAAGAAGGCGAUUAAUUGAAGGCUUGAAGCCUGCAAAGCGCAAAUUUGCAGAGACCAAUCCAUACAGAAUGUCAUCGGCGACAAGGGAUCACGGGAUUUUUAGCCGGAUGGCGAGCCUUCCUAGAAGUAUUAUGGGGGAGUUUUCGAGGGCCAUGAGUGAUAUAGGAUCAGUAAGAAGAAGAAGAAGAAGAGGAUCAAGAUCUCAAAACGAACUCGCUCCUUCCUCUUCAGAUUUCCAAUUCCAGCCGUUGGAUGCCCCGGUAGUUCGGGAGAACCAGUGGGCUUUUCUGGAAAGCUUUGAGCAUCAAUACGGCACCGUACAUCCUUUCUUCUACGCGUGCCGUUUAAUGGAAGUUCUGAAACUCGCAGAGCAAGACAAGAAGUUGGUGUUCAUGUACAUCCAUUCGCCAGAACACCCUUUCACGCACAAUUUCUGUAGGGAAACACUGUGUUGUGAGCUUGUGACUGAGUUUCUUGACGUGAAUUUUGCUUGCUGGGGAGGUCUUGCUGAUCGGGGCGAAGGUCUGCGUAUGGUGGCCACUCUCCGCCCUGCUAGCUUUCCCCUCUGCGCCGUCGUCGCCCCUGCCGCCGGUGACACCAUGGCAGUUCUGCAACAGAUUGAAGGACCAGUUUCAGCAGCGGAGCUUGUGGAGGUUUUACAGAGAACAAUGGAAGAGCAAGGACUGGCCUUUGGAAGUGACAAAGCUCGGCGGGAAGAAAAGAUCAGAGCUGAUCGUCGGCUGAGAGAAGAACAAGAUGCUGCAUAUUUCGCAGCUUUGCAAAUUGACAAGGAAAAAGAAAACCUCAGGAAUUCAACUUCGGGAGAAAGAGUUCAGAAACCAGUGGAAGCAUUGAAUACCAGAAAUCAUGAGAACCUCAAGAACAAGCCUGUCAGUAGCAACAACUCCAAAGUGAAUGAAUCUACAAUCACUACAAAGCAUCAAAACAAAGGAGUUCCUAAACGGGGAGGUCACUCUCAACCCAUUCAAAUAUUGAUAAGGUUUCCAAAUGGGGAAAGACGUGAGCAGAGUUUUGAGUGUACGGACAAAGUCCAGUCAAUUUUCGCGUACAUUGAUUCGCUGGGUUUGCCUGGGAUUGGGAACUACAGAUUGGUGUCAAACUUCCCAAGAAGAAUGUACGGCGUAGAUGAAAUGAGAAUGACUCUCAAAGAUGCCGGCUUCCAUCCCAAAGCGAGCCUCUUCCUCGAGCCCAUAUCCGCCGACCCAUAGGCCCGGGUCAAUCUUGUUGGCUAACCAGUGUGCUCUUUAACAACAAGGCUUUUCAGGCCAGAGUUUAUUGGUGUUUUUGGAAGAAUUUUGGUUGUUUUUUAGUCAUUACGUUUUUCAUGCUAUACGCGUGUCACACGCUAGAAAUUUUAUUUUAGACUAUAAAACCUGUUUCCAAUUAUCAUGAAUAAAGAUGGGGUAAAGGUUAAGAGUUAACACCAUCCCCAGGACAAGGUGAGGGUGAAA